CUGGCAUUCAUCCAUUAUAUUUCAGCCCCCACUUCAAACAUAGCAAAGUUACGGGGAGGGGUGUCCGAAAGAGCCGAUGGUUAUUUGAUCCCUUCUAGGGUUUACCGUUGAAGAAAGCUUGAGAGCCAAAACGCGAUUUAGAAGAGUGAAAAACUGUUCCUUGAGCUGAAACGAAAGACUUGCGAAAAUGAGUACCAUGAAGUUCUGCUGUGAAUGCAACAACAUUCUGUACCCAAAGGAAGACAAAGACCAGAAGAUCCUCCUCUAUGCAUGUCGUAAUUGCGAUCACCAGGAGGUUGCUGAAACCAAUUGUGUAUACAGAAACGAAGUAUUUCACUCUGUUGGUGAGAAAACACAAAUCUUACAUGAUGUAACUGCAGAUCCAACACUCCCUCGUACUAAAGCUGUGAAAUGUCCCCAGUGUCAACAUGGAGAAGCUGUCUUCUUUCAGGCUGGUUCAAGGGGAGAAGAAGGAAUGGCUCUGUUCUUUGUUUGCUGCAACCCAAGCUGUGGCCACAAGUGGAGGGAUUAAUAAAACUAAAGUGUUUGCCAACUUGUGGGUAGGACUGGGGAUGGGGGAGGGGUAAUGCUUCCUGCAUGCGGUUUUGCCUUUUGGAGACCCUAACAAUAGGUCUGGGCUACAUGAAUUUAGGUACUUGUUUUGUGCAUUCAUAUGUAUCACCCAUUCAUAUGGUAGUGAAAAGUUCAGUUACUUUUCAAUACCCAAUAAAUGGGUGUCACAUGAAUGUCUACAAAAAAUAUCGAUAUCAUGUAUCCCUAUCAUUAGUCGAGACUUAAAUGGGUUGCACAUGCAUACAAUAAAAUGUACCUUUACUACAUCUAGACUCUAGUGUUGAGGCCAUCUUAUGAGAUAUAGAUCUUGAAAACUUUAUUUCUCCUGAUUGUAUUCUUAGGCGGCGCGUCAAAAUUACUCUUGUUUUCUUGCUUUUCUAAUUUGUGUACCUUAUUUUCAGGUUGCUCUAAGAAGUAGAGUGCGUACAUGGUAAUCUGUUUUGUACGGUGUAAACUGUAUAGCCAGUGACAUUUUUAUAGGUUUAGUUGAAAAUUGCUACUUUUGCUAAUUGAAUAUCGAUGUACUUGUAUUGAGUAUUAGACCUAUUUCGUUGUGUAUUAAAAGUUUAAUAUUGAGCAUCACGAUUUCUGUUUCUUAUUUUGUAAUUCACUUUCUUUUUUCAUGAUUUAUAUAUGAAGUACUUCCUUUGAAACA